GAAAGCCCAGCAGGCACAAGAUCCAGAUUUAGAACAGCAACAUGACGGAGAGCUGACACCGAGAAAUGAGGCGUCAACGGAUGGGGAGGCAGGGGUGGGAGCGUCAGAUGAGCGACAUUCGAAGGAGCUGCAAAAAGAGGAGAUCGAGGUUACGCUAGAAGGGCAGGAAGAUCCCCUCAACUGGAGCAAGUUUAAGAAAUGGCGUAUCGUACUCGUCAUCUGCAGCGCAGCGCUCUGUGUGACUUGCGCUAGCUCGCUCUCCAGCUCGACAUAUGCAGGCAUGGAAGAGUCAUUCGGCAUCAGCAUGGAGGUCGCAAUUCUCACCGUGUCAUUAUACGUCGAAGGGCUAGGAGUAGGUCCGCUGCUGCUGGGGCCAUUGUCGGAAUUCUUCGGCCGGAACGACGUCUACCUCAUCUCCUUCGUCUGUUUUCUCCUGCUCAACCUCCCUGUCGCAUUCGCCAACUCCGCCCCUCUCCACCUUAUCUUCCGGUUCAUCACCGGUUUCUCCGGCGCGGCGUUCAUGUCGGUCGCAGGGGGCACAGUGAGCGACAUGUUUGCGCCCAACGCGGUCGCGCAUCCUAUGGCGGUGUAUACUGCCAGCCCGUUCUUGGGACCUGUGGUGGGCCCGCUUGUGGCGGGGUUCAUUAAUCAGAAUACGAAUUGGAGGUGGACGUACUACGUCGUCCUUAUAUGGACUGCUGUGGAGAUUGGGCUCCUCCUGUUGCUGGUGCCAGAGACCUUCAGGCCCGUUCUACUGAAGCACAAAGCCCGGCGCUUGAGGAAGGAAACGGGCGACAGCAGAUAUUUCGCGCCUAUCGAGAAGAGCAACAAGUCCAUCCUGGCGACCGUCGCUCGCUCAUGCUACACGCCCUUCAACAUCCUCUUCCACGAGCCCAUGGCCCUUCUGCUGAACACAUGGACAUCAUUGCUACUCGGCAUCCUCUACCUCUUCUUCAACGCAUUCCCCAUCGUCUUCCGGGACGGGCACGGCUUCUCGCUCCAAGAAACCGGGCUCACGUUCAUCGGUAUGGGGAUAGGGAUCGUCUUCGGUACCUCAACCCAAUUCUUUAUCUGGGGUCCGAUAGACCAACGCGAAUGGAAACGAUACGGCGGGCCUCCUCCUCCCGAAACAAGACUCUACAUCGGUAUGGCCGGGGCGAUCACGGUGCCUAUCGGUCUCUUCUGGUUCGCGUUUACCACCUACCCAAGUGUGCACUGGAUCGUCCCUAUCCUGGGAAGUAUCCCCUUCGGGUGCGGAGUGAUCUGGGUCUUCACUUCCGUGUUCACGUUUCUCGUCACUACCUACAGACCAGUGGCGGCGAGCGCGAUGGCAAGUAAUAGCUUUAUGCGCUCGGCGUUCGCUGCUGUCUUCCCCCUGUUCUCGACGUACAUGUAUGCCCAGCUGGGCACUGUAGGCGCCAGCGCGCUCCUCGCGGGGUUAACGCUGCUCAUGGCACCGCUGCCUUUCGUGUUCUAUAAGAUUGGUCCUCGGAUAAGACAGAAGAGCCGGUUCUCGAACAAUGCUGCUUAGAAGGAAAUAGAAAGGAUGGGAACGUGUUGGGACAGAUAGAUGGAUCACGCACUUACGAUACCCGGGUCAAAUGUACCUCUAAUUG